GCGAACACGAAAUAACCACCGUGAAAGACUUUUGCCAAGAAGCACGUGCACAACUCUUGAAUAUAGCUAGCAAAAGAGGACACACAGUGAUGCCCAUCUUCUGCAGGCUAGAGAUGAGCGCUGGCCGUGACUCGUUACUGUGCGUCGAAGAAGAAGACAAAGUAACGAGACGUUGGACAGGACAAGCUCUCAAAACUGCUAUGCCAAAGUAUCGUUGGAAGAAAAAUAACUACUUGUUCGAAAAACGAUCAGAUCUCUGUCAUUGAGGCGCAUAUUUUUCGGCUAAUUUGGUUACGAUUCCUUAGAACCAGAAGAUCAAUUCCACAAAUCAGCUGAUUCAAAUUGCUUUGCUGUUUUCGUGUUCAUUUCUAUCGUAGCAGGCUUUCGUUGUGUUUCGGAAAUGAUUUCAGAGCAAAUUCGACAUGAAAACUUCACUUUUAGUUACAAUCUCAUAGUGAACACAUCACAAAAAAAAUCAAUCUAAAAAAUUCAAAACAUAAAUUUUCUUAAAAAAUUUUGCGAACAAAUUGUGAAAGUGUAGGUGCGUUGAUUAUUAUUGGAUAUAUACAUAGAAUUUCUGAUUGACAAAGGGCUCUGCGAGGUGGAUUGACCAUCCAAACUUAUAAUUGCUGUUAUAUUCUUGGAGCAUUGUGGGAUUGACAAAGCUCAGCAAGUACUGUAAUUAGGACAUUCGGAAAGUUAUUGAGUGAUUCGGAAUACUUUCUGGAUCUCAGUAGUCCAUGUUCGAACUUCAGAUAGUCACGCAGCAUGGAUUAAAAAUUAUUUCUAUUUACAAUUUCCCAGUGUACAAAGAAAAACAAAAACAAAAAAUAUCUUUAAAAUUUAUAAAAAUAACAAAAAAAUUUACAACAUUGCAAGAAUUGAAGGCAACAAAUCCGAGGAUAACCUCAGGUGAACGGCGGCAACCAUUGGAGAACUUGUCAGAUCUUUGUAAAGCGCCUAAUUGGGACUUCAACGAAUAGGACAGGCCACAAUUGCCAAUAAGCUUACAGAUCGGAUUCUUUAGUUCCACGCUAACAUCAGCAGUGUGAAACACCAUGACUGAUCCAUCUAUUGGCUCUUCGUCCCCAAACUGGGCUAGUCUCAUCUCAAGUGGACUCAUUCCCACCUUUAUAAGUGAGCUACCGGCGGCAAGUAAUGUCCAAGUUUCGAAUACCACGGGACCAUCCUCGGAGGCGACACGGGAUCUGCCGCUGUUGAUGAGUAGCUUGAGCGGUCAGAUGUCGCCUUAUGCGCCCGUCUUUCAUCCCAUGGGCUCGUAUGCGUCCCAUUUGCUGGCUCUGGAGCAGGCAGCACAGAUCAAUCCACAAUCGCUGCCCCCGCCGCCACCACGUCCGAUGGAUCCACACCUUGAGGACUACUAUGACAGACCGCCCAUAACGGAGCUCUUUAACUACAAUGGGCCGCACCAGAUGCAGGCACACAUGUAUCCAGCUGACUUCGGCGAUGGCGCCGUUAUGAACGGCUGCACAGUGGAUCUAACCAUUCGGGUGGCUCCAAAUCCCCGCACUUAUCCUCCCAAUCAACGGCCACGCGGCAACUGGCACGAGCAACCGAACCGCGAUUUCUGGUCGGAGGUGGAUCCGCAAAGCGUGCCAGUGCCAGUGCAGCGGUUAAUGCCGCCGCAAAUGCAUAUACAAAUGCCUCAUAUGCCGGGCCAAAUGCCGGUCCAGAUGCCUGUUCAGAUGCCCGUCCAAAUGCCGGUCCAGAUGCCAGUCCAAAUGCCAGUCCAAAUGCAGCCCCAAAUGCUGAUCCAAGUGCAGCAGGCGCCACCAAACCAUGAUUACUGGCGGGAUAUGGAACAGCAGGCAGUCUUUAUGGGCCAGCGGGAGCAGAUGCAGCCGAUAUUGCCAACCCAUCAGUUUGUGCCCGAUAUGGAGCAGCAGGUCCCAGCUGCAAUGCAAGCCGCACAAUCUCAAGCAGAAACACAAGGACAGCCACAACCCGAAACACAACCACAAGUCCGCGACUUUUGGCAUGACAUCGAUCGGGGUGCACCAGCCGGAUCGCAGGCACAGCACGUGCAGCCACUGCUGCCGGGUCGUGAGUAUUGGCGGGAUGUGGAGGCUGGUGUGCCACUGCAAGCCCAAUCACAGUCACAGCCACAGCCAGCACCUCUGCAUCUCGAUUUUUGGCGGGACAUGGAACAACAGACCGCUGCUGUGGCACCACAGGCCCACAAGCAGUCCGCUCUGCCGCUGCCUGGUGACUAUUGGCGGGAGGCACAUGCACUGCCGCCAUCCUCCGAAUAUUGGCGAGGUGUAGAGCAACUAGUCGCUGCGGUUGCACCACAGCAACAGCAGCAAACACAGCAAACACAGCAACAGCAGCACCAGCACCAGCACCACCAGCACCAGCACCAACACAAGCCGCAGCCACAGAUGAUGCCGCUGACCCGCGACAUUUGGAGGGAUAUAGAGCAGAAUGGCUCGGCUCUUGCAGCACACACACAGGCACCGCAGCAGCCUACCUCAUAUGAUUAUUGGCGGGACAUUGAACAGCUCAUCGCCGCAUUUGCUGCACAGCCGCCACAGACACAGCCACCGCCACCACCUCCACCGCCGCCAGCAGCAGCGGCAGCAACAGCAGCAGGAGCAGCAGCGACGGCCCAACCAGUUCUCAAUCCCUGGCAGGACAUGGAGCAACAGAAAGUUGCAGUAACGCCGCAAACGCAUGCUCGGGAGUAUUUAAGGGAAGCGGAAAAGAAGGCCGGGCCAUCAGCCGCAGGCGGAGCACAGAUGCAGGGACAGAUGCCCGGACCGCAGCUACCAAUAUGGUGGCCAAGGAACGAGGCGCAUUUAGCUGGAGCUGCGCCACAGCCAGUGGCUCAGACGAUACCGUCCCGCACCGACUGGUGGCCAGAAGUGGAGCAGAAGCUAGCUCAGCCUGUCGAUGUGGAAGAACGCGUUCCAGCUGGAAGAGGUGCUGGUAGUGCACCAAAGUUUCCACCACAGCCGGCACAGGCAAGUGCUAUAAUACCCUCGCUGCGCGAAUGGUGGCCAGCAAACGAGCUGGUCGAAGCUGCCGUACCGGAGUGGUGUCCGGAGAAUGAACCCAAGAUACACGUUCACCCAGUUCCCUCGACCUGUGCAUACUGGAACGACAUGAAGCAACUACCCGCAACUGGUGCACCACAGCCGCUGUCACCUCCGAAGCCGCAGUCGCAUCAAGCAAUUGCGCAGGGACAGUCGGUAGCGCCGCCAAGCGAAUGGUGGCCAGAGCUGGAGCAGAAGACGGCUUCAGCUAUGGCGCAGUCAGCAGUGCAGGCGGCACCGUUAUUUCACAAUCUUUGCCAGGACAAGGAACAGCACCAGGGCUCGGCCGCUGGAUUCACGGAAAUGGAGCAGCAGCAGCAGCCGCAGGCACAGCCACAGCCACAAACAUCAGCACCACCACGCGAAUGGUGGCAAGCGGCGGCAUUUACUCCGCAGCAGGAACAGACGCCUUCACAGCAGCCGGUGCAGCCUGUGCAGCCGCGCAGUAUUGAUUCGAGCGUUGACUGGGUGCCCUACUCCUAUGCAUCGCUGUCAGUGCUGAAUCUGCCCAACACAUUGUCGGAAGCUAAAUCGGAUAUGGCUGCCGCAUUCGAGGAUAGAAAAGUGGAAUCUGGAGCGACAGCUAUGCCAAAGGCCAGGAACAGCACCAGCAGCAGCUGCGAUACGCAAACGGCGGACUUUCCAUCCUUUGAGGACUUUGCCCGUCAGGUGAGCGAGUGCAGCCUGUCCAGCUCGGAAUAUAUUGCCACAUUGCGAAACCUGAUGAUACGAGCCCACAACCUGAUGCUGCCCUUGCUGCGUGGCCGAUUCGCCAACAUGACCCAGGUCCAGAUGGCCGCCUACACGACCGCAAUUCUGGAGGUGACGCCUCUGCAUCCGAGUCUGUUCCUUCCCUCGAGCGUGGCCCGUCCCUGGAUGGGCAACGGCGGCCUUCUGCCGCCCUGUCAUCCACACAGCCUGACACCUCAGGAUCUGGCCCGCAUAAAUUUACCGCCAUGCCCACAGCCACGUCCCAUGUUGGUGAAUGUGGGCACGCAGACCGAUUACCAUUGCUGGUGCAUGCAUAUAAGCAUGUAUCCGCCGCCGCCGUUGCAUGGGCCGCCACCGCCGCGGGCACAAGGCAAUCCGGGUCCACACUUUGCCACACCGAAUGGACCGCGCAUGAUGGCGCCAUGUGGCACAGCGCCUCUAAGUUUCUGGGGCAGACCCAUAGUGCCCAUGCAUCCGCAUCCGUAUCCGCAUGCCCACCAGAUGCCACGCCCGCAUGGCUCUCGUUAUGGCUAUCGCAUCAAUACCUAUAGCGUGCCCUGUCGCUUUGGCCCCGCAGGCAAUGGACGUUCGCGCCACAUGGGCAUGUAUGGCGCGGCCAUGCAGCCGCCGGGCGGCCACCAAAGCGAGGACAAUGCCAGCACGGACAGGAGCUCAAAUCAGUAUAUGGAACAGCCGCAGCCGCAGCAGCAGCAGCCGCAGCCCGCAACAGGACAGGUGUCAUUGAGCAACAUAUCCCUACUCCACGCCAACCCGUCCGGCUUGCAGCGCCAGAUGCAAAUGCAAAAUUCGCUGCAGCAACACUCAACGCAUCAGUCGCCGCUUCAGCAACAACUCCAUCAACAGCAACAGCAGCAGCAGCAACAGCAACAGCAUCAGCAGCAACAGUCUGGCAGUUCGUCCGGCAGUCAGUCGAGCUCGCCCGUGCUCCAUGCCGAGCAGCAGUCGCGCCGUUGCUUGCCCAGCACCUCUUCCGGCAGCCAGUCCAGUUCGCUGAGUCCACGAUCCUCCAGUUACAGCUCGUCGAUAAUAAGCAACAACGACAGCGAGGCCGAUGACUAUGAUGACAACGAUAACGACAACGAUAACGAUAACAAUGUCGAUAACGCCGUCGGUAUCACGGUGAACACAGAAACCAGCAAUGUGGAACAGGCAGUGGGCACCACAACGGAUCUGCGACUGCCACCUGCAGAUAGAGAGAACGAGGUUCCAAUUGUCGAGAAUCCACGCCGUGAUCCGAUAGCUCAGUCCCCGCAGUCCGAUGAGAAUGGCAACGCAGAUGCGACAACUGCCAAUCGGGUGGUUAUGAAGCAGGUUAACAACAUAUUCCUACAGCCUACCGGCCCAGUGAUGCCCACAAUGCCGAUGAUGCACUUCAUAAUGGCGCAGGGCAACGGCCAGGGAGAUAUGCCUCCUAUGAUCUUUGACAUGAAUGACAAUUACAGUCCGAAUACAAACUAUGCUCAGUUUUUGCCCAACAUUAAUAUGAACAUGAACAUGAAUAUGUUUGGCAAUCCAAUGGGCAAUUCAAUGUCCAAUGUCCAUGUCAUGUCCACCGAUAUGGCCGGCAAUUUCUGUCAGCUAAUGCCAGAUGUGGCCAUGAUGAACACGGCUAUGAUAUUACCGUAUUCCACCUAUAAGAAUCCAAAUGAGCCUUACACCCCGAUGGACAUGCACGAUGGCAUGAACAUGAACGAGAACUUUCCCUCAGCUAACGCUACCAUAAUGGCGAUCCCACUUGAGGAUAUCAAUCCGAUUCUAAAUCCCAAUGUCUAUAUGACCAACAACGAGCUGUUGGUCAGCAAUGAUGGCAAUAUCAAUGAGUGCAGCAGCAACGAAGUCUUUAACGCUGCUGAUCACUGCAAGGAGAGUAACAUCAAUCAAGAACUUACAGCUAAUGAGCGUGAAUCAAUCAGCAAGCUCACAUCUGCUGCACAACAGCCAGAGGAAAAUUAAAUACCGAGAGAAUAAACGAAAAAGCAAACACAUGAACACACUGCCAUUUAUAAUAAUAAUAAUAUUCGUUUCAAAAUGCUUCGCCAUCCAUAUCAAUCGUCAUCAAUUAUCAGUUACAGCAGGACGACUACUCGAACCGAUCAAUCAGCUGCGAAUUCAACAUUUACACGAAUCUUAUCAAAAAUACUUUCAAACUAAUUGUUCAAUUACUGUUACUUUCCACAUACAUAUCACUGUCGCGUGUCUUCAAUCGUUGUCAACCAAAAUUUCAAACCAAUUUUUUAUGUCAUGCGUAUAUGCUUCAUACAUACAUGUGUAUAUAUAUGUAUAUAUAUUAUUUGCAAGCAAACAUUAAAGCAAGAGCUUUCUUCUUGUUGCAUUUUGAGAUUGUAACAGGAAACUCAACACACACACACACACCCUAACACUCAUGCACACAAACACACUCACGCACACAAGCACAUCCAUCCAUCCAUCCAUUCAUUCAUCAAUCCGUGUCAAUCAGCAUCAAUCUACAGUAGCAAGAAAUGAAAUAUCAACUUAUUCAAUACACAAUACAAUUGUAUUUGAAAUAAUUAUAACCAUUAGCUAAUAUUUGGCCUCCACAAUAAUCCUGUAAAACACACCCACACACACAUUCACACACCACAUCCACUCACCCACACUCACACACGUACAUUAAA